CUGGAGCCAUGGGGCCCACCUAGCCCCUGCCUGUCCAGAUGCCCCGGCCCCGGGGCUGCUGACCUCGGCGGCCGGAGGAAGCCCCUCCACGCCCCCUCGCCGGCCUCAGCCGAUAGAGACCCUGGGCCCCACCCAGCACCUCCACCUGCAAGACCGUCCAGUCUGACUGGAGACAGCCGAAUGCCGGCUGACCCUGGGCCCGAGGUGGGCAGUGGCUGGCCGGGCCUCCUCAUGUCCUGCCUGAAGGGCCCCCAUGUCAUCCUCAAGAUGGAGGCCAUGAAGAUCGUCCACCCCGAGAAGUUCCCUGAGCUCCCCGCGGCCGCCCCUUGCUUCCCACCUGCGCCCCGGCCCACUCCCACCCUGGCCCCCAAGCGAGCCUGGCCCUCAGACACGGAGAUCAUUGUCAACCAGGCCUGUGGGGGAGACAUGCCUGCCUUGGAAGGGGUGCCUCACACUCCACCCAUGCCACGGGGGCCGCGCAAAGGUAGCUCGGAGCUGGGCUUUCCCCGAGGGGCGCCGGCAGACGAGGUCAUUGUGAACCAGUACGUGAUCCGGCCUGGCCCUGCCGCCUCGGCCGCGCCUUCACCGGGGGCGGCGGGGGCCGGCGAGCCCCUGGAGUGCCCCACCUGCGGGCACACGUACAACGUCACCCAGCGGCGACCUCGCGUGCUGUCCUGCCUGCACUCUGUGUGUGAGCAGUGCCUGCAGAUCCUCUACGAAUCUUGCCCCAAGUACAAGUUCAUCUCCUGUCCCACCUGCCGGCGGGAGACUGUACUCUUCACUGACUAUGGACUGGCUGCACUGGCCGUCAACACAUCCAUCUUGAGCCGCCUGCCACCCGAAGCACUGACCGGCCCCUCCGGAGGCCAGUGGGGGGGAGAGCCCGAGGGCAGCUGCUACCAGACCUUCCGGCAGUACUGCGGGGCUGCGUGCACCUGCCAUGUGCGGAACCCGCUGUCCGCCUGCUCCAUCAUGUAGCAUCCACCUGCCCGCUACCGACCACCGGCCCUCGCUCGAUGCUUCUUCAGGGACCCAGCCAUGCCCCGUUGCCCACUGACCCUCCCUCUCCCACCGUGGCUUCUGGCCCUACCCUGCGUGGCACUGUCGCUGCAACCAACUCUGCCAUUAAAACUCUUUGCCAAAGUUUGCACCCGUGACCUGGACUGAAGCUUGCUCCUGUGGGCUG